AUGAAAUUCAAUAAUUACUUGCUAGCCUCGGUCCUUUCUGGAUUGGUCCAAUCUGCCGCAGUUUUCCCCACCCUUGAAGUCAGAUCAAACCUCACCACAGACUCAACAACCACAUCGUCGACAUCUCUCCUGACCUUUGCUUACGGUAAUUCCACCCUCGAUUCGACAUCAUCAGCAGCAGCAUCCUCAUCCUCAUCCUCAUCAUCUAGUAGUACUAUCACUUCUUCCUCUGCUAUUGAAUUGGCUAUUAAUAACAAUGUGACUACAAAUAGCACUACAGCCACCACUUCUUUCUCCGCCGUUGAAUUGGCGGUUAAUAAUGCGAUCACCAAUAGUACCACGGCUGUCAGUUCAACCACUUCUUCUGCAGCUACUGUUAGUAAUGUGAUCACAAACAGUACUACAUCCGCUACCACUUCUUCCCCAAUUGCUGCUGCUUAUUACAAUGUGAUCUCCAAUAGUACUGCAGCCGCCAGUACCACCACCACUUCUUCUGCAGUUACUUCCAAUAACAAUGUGAUCGCCAAUAGUACUACUGUCGCUAGUACCACCGCCACUUCUUCUGCAGUUACUUCUGAUAGCAAUUUGAUCGCCAAUAGUACCGCAGCUUCCAGCAACAUCACUUACUCUUACAAUCUUAGAGCGGCUUCUACUACCCAGUACACCACCUUCACCUCCAGUGAUUGCUCCAAUGACCUUUGUACCACCGAAGUCAGCACCGCAAUGUUGACCACCAUGUUAGUCACUGAAUCUGACGGAGAUGAAUAUAUUACUACCUGGGUUCCAAUCUCUACUAGUUCUCCAAGUUACACUACCACUUCCCCAAGUGACGCCACAGAGUACACUACCUUCACUUCCAGCGAAUGUUCCAAUGGCAUUUGUACCACUGAAGUCAGUACCGCGAUGUUGACCACCAUGGUAGUCACCGAAUCUGAUGGAGAUGAAUACAUUACUACCUGGGUUCCAAUUUCUACCAGCUCUCCAAGUGACACCACCGGUAUCGCUAUCCCAGUAACCACCACCGCCUCCAACGGCUCAGCUCUUGUCUCCACCUCCAUUGCUCCAUUAAUCACUGCUGCUCCUAAUGUCACCGCUUCAAUCAAUGCCGACGACGUUGUUUCAUCUCUCGUCACUUUGGUGGAAUGUAAUAAUGGAGUUUGCUCGACCACCACCUCGGCCAUCUGGUACUCUACCACUUUAAUCACCGAUUCCGACGGUGAAGUCGAUGCUACUGUUUACUUGCCAUGGCCAACUAACACUUCUUCAUCAUCAUCUUCUUCUUCUUCUUCUUCUUCUUUCCAUGUUGUUGGUAAUUAUUGGAACUCGACCACCGAAGCAUACACCACCAUUCCUGUCAAUCAAACCACUAUGGUCACUGCCUCCGCCACUACUUGGGUCGCCUUUACCACCUGUGAUCUUGAAGGGUGUGUUACUGGUUCUAGUGCUACCGCUUCUGCCGUUUCCACUUUCCAAACCAUUACACCAUCCAUCACCACUGCCGGUGCCAACAGUCCAUUCACAGUAGUCAACCCCGUCAAAUCAACCCUCAAUGCCACCACUUACGCCACUACCGAGGUCGUCGGUGCCUACAUUAGUGGUAAUUACACCAGUGCUUUCUACACCACUUACAGCACCACCCAGGCCGAUAAUAUCACUUAUGUUCCAGUGUCUACCAUUAUCACACCAUCGUCAAUGGCCACUACCACUGUUCCAGGUGCUAUUGGCGUCACAAAUGCCAGUGCUGUUGCUGCCAUCACUUCUCCAGCCAAGUCUACUAUCGAAACCUCUUUCCUCCAACAGAGUUAUACUCCACAAGCCACCCCAACUGCUCACCAAUCGAGCUCGGCAAGCGUUUUCGCGGUCGCUAACUCCGGGGCCACUUUGAAGAAUAUCUUCAAUGGUGGAAUGAUGACAAGAUGGAUUUUGAGCAUCUUGUGUAUCACACUCACAAUCUUCUUGCUCUUGUAA